AUGGCACACCACGGCACGCCAAGCCACGGCACGCCACGCCACGGCACGCCACAGCACGCCACGCCCACGCCCACGCCCACGCCCACGCCCACGCCCACGCCCACGCCCACGCCCACGCCCACGCCCACGCCCACGGCACGGCACGGCACGGCACGCCACAGCACGGCACGGCACGGCAUGGAACGGCAUGGCACACCACGCCACGCCAAGCCACGGCACGCCACGCCACGGCACGCCACGGCACGCCACAGCACGCCACACCACGCCACGCCACGCCACGCCACACUUCAUGUGUGCCACGCUCUACACGUACUGGAUGAGGAGAGCAACGAUGAGACCUAUCAGAUGCUAGUCUUGGUCUGCGGCAAGCUCGACCACAUCAGCCACUUCGUGCGGGCACGAGAAGCUGACAAGUUCGUCCGACGCUCCCAGGUGAACCUCAUCCGCCUCAAGGACCAGGCGGAGCAGCAGAUCAAGGCGCGCAACUCGCAGGAAGCACUCCAAGAGUGUGGCGCCUGGUUCUCCAUCAAUUGGAUGAAUGCAAUGGCGCAAGCUCUCAACGAGGAGGGCUGGGCUCGCAUGCGACGGCUCGAGGUGGCCAUCUGCUCAACAUCUCAUGGCGAGUUCGUCGGCGGGCAGAGCCAGCAGCGUGCCCAAUUCGAUUGGUUGAGAGACUGGAUCCUCUACUCGCUCUUUGUCGACCUCCCGCCCAUGCGACCCCAGAACGGCGACCUCGAGAUCAUGGAUCACCGUGAGCCAGCAGGCAGUCAAGAGACCAACAGCCUGCUCUUCUUCAAGUCCCAUACAGUCCUCCAGAUUGUCCACUACAAGAAUGCGGCUUUCCUGGGCGAGCACGUUGUGGAGCUGCCUGAGCAGCUCCAGGCCAAGCUUCUUGCUUAUCUAUGUGUGGUGAGACCUGUCUAUGUGCUCUUGAUGGGAUGUAGUAUCAAUGAUGAGAAGGAUGACUUGGAGGAUAGCUCAAGCGAGGAUGACGCAGAUCUGGAUGAGGAGGCUGAGAGCUUGCAACAACCACACCACCACCUUCUACUGCCAUGA